GAUAACUUUAUAAGUAUGAAUACUGUUCAUAAUGAUCUUAUAUGUGCUAGAAUAAACAACUUGGAUGCCAUUUUAGAUAAUUUUUUAACUUUUGAAGAAAAUCACAUAAAUACUAUUCAAGGUAGUCUAGAUAACCUUCUAAGUGUUAGGAAAAAUUACUUAGCUGCUACUUAUGAUGAUACUAUAGGUUUUGAAGAAGAAUAUUUAGCUACUGUUGAAAAUGAUAUCACAAAUGUUGACAACAAUAUGGCUUAA